UGAAAUUCUGGAGACCUGGGACUUCCGGACUGUCCAGCUCGCGCGAGGGCCCGGCUCAGGCCGGAGCGUUUCCGGGUCGGCGACCUUGGCGGGCGGGGCUGGGACCGCGGGACCCCGGCUUCCCGUUUAUGUGUGGGUGGCCAUGUCCCGGCACCGUCAUCCUGGAUGGCUCGUACCAUGGAACCGCUGGCAAAGAAGAUCUUUAAAGGAGUUUUAGUUGCUGAACUUAUGGGCCUUUUCGGAGCUUAUUUUUUGUUUCAAAAGAUGAACACGAGCCAAGAUUUCAGGCAGACAAUGAGCAAGAGAUUUCCCUCUGUUUUGGAAGUUUAUUACAAAUCCAUUGAAUACUCUGGAUUGUAUGGAGUCAGAGAGAAAGAUCAAGAAAAAUGGCUGGAUAGUAAGAAUUAAGGAUUUGGUUACUGAUCAAGAAUUUACCCUUAGAAGAAAUACUACAGAACCUGGCAAAACUGAAAUUCCCAAGUUGACAUGGAUGGAAUUUGUAAUACUUAAGGCAAAAAUGUACAUUUUAAUUCAGAGGUGUUGCUCUUUGGACUUGGAAAAAGUUGAUUAAGUAAUGUUUAUUAUCAAUGAACUUUUGUUUACACUACUGAAAAUAAAGUGUCUGUUAAACUCUUC